GCUGGCGCACUUUACGGCAGCCGCGCGAAGGCACGAGGGCGAGGCCACGCCUGCUGCACUAAAGGCACGCACGACAGCGGGACGCGCUGGCUGGCGCACUUUACGGCAGGCGCGCGAGGGCACGAGGCCGUGGCCCGUGGUGUCUUAGAAGAGGCAGCCGUUCCAGGCUCUGCGCUCCACGUCAUUUGCCGGUUGGCUGUUAAUCUGUUGGCACUCCCACGGCUCGGCAAUGAUGGAGGCGGUGGCAGCACUGUGGCGGAGGGCAGUGGCGACCAUGAAGACGAAGGAGUUCCGGGAUUACCUGACCAGCACGCACUUCUGGGGUCCCGUGGCCAACUGGGGCCUCCCACUGGCCGCCUUAAAUGACAUGAGGGCACCGCCGGACAUCAUCAGCGGCCGCAUGACGACAGCGCUCAUCUUCUACUCUCUGGCCUCCAUGCGCUUCGCUUACCGCGUACAGCCUCGCAACUUGCUGCUGAUGGCAUGUCACGGCACCAACGUGGUGGUGCAGAGUAUGCAGGCAGGCCGCUACCUGAUCUAUCACUACGGCAGCGGAGCCACGGCGGCCACUGUUAACACCGCCACCGCUGCCACCGUCUGUGCACCCUCUACCAACUUUAUCACCACUGCAGCUGACGACUCUGGCUAAUGCUAACGACUACCAGGAUGCCAUUGACUUGGAUCCGCUGAUGCUGUGUCGUGAUUGAGAGGGCCCAAUUGAAUCUUUGCAGCUUACA